CUCUUUGUUUUCAGUACGCAAUACAUUUGCCGUAUACAUUGCUGUUUGUUGUGACAACUUUUAUUUCAUUCCAACAUUUUUCCGUUUAUUUUCUGAAAAUUUCAAUUUAAAAUUGGUGUGGUGAAUAAAAUGUUUGGAGAAAAGGCAUUUGAAUUGAUCAAAGAAUUGGAUAGAAGUGGUGACAAUUUAUCAUCGUUCAAUGAUGAAGGUGUGCGUCAAGUUCUGGACGAAAUGAAUGCGCUCUUCGAUCAAAACUACAAAGAUGCUGUGGUGUCUACAACCACGAAUGACCGGAGUAUGGUGCCACUGAUAAACUUCCGACAUGCCAGUUUGGAGCGAAAUAAACGUUGUUUACUCGCCUACUUAUACAAUCGUUUGGAGUACAUAAAAGAGAUGCGAUGGCAAUUUGGUCCGACAAUACCGAACGAUAUCAAACAAUUGUUGUGUGAACCCGAAAUCCACUUUUUCAAUGGAUAUUCAAAGAAUUUGGCAUCGUAUAUGAUGUCGGUUGGUGAAGGUUGCGGCAUUGAUCUCACAUCGUAUACAAAACCGCCAAAAGCAUUAUACAUUGAAGUUCGUUGUGUGUGCGAUUAUGGACGUUUUGAGCUUGAUAGCGGAGAAGUUGUUUUGCUGAAAAAGAACAGUAUGCAUUAUUUACCACGAUCCGAAUGCGAACCAUUGAUUCGACAAGGCAUUCUUCAGCACACCGAAUAAAAACCGGUUCGUUUUCUAUUUAAACACAUAUGUAUCGAAAUAAACAAUAUCAUUCAAAACUAUCAUAUUAUAAAUAAAAAAGUGAUGACUUUGUUAAUUUCAUGACAAAUGGCAAAAAUCAGCGAAACGGA